AAUGGGAAUUUAAAUACUAUGUUUUAGGUCAAAUUUUGUCAAAAUUUCGACAUCUUAUUCGGCAAAGUUCUAAAAUUUGUAAGUAGUACAACAAUCCAAGAGAAUUUUCGUUGUAGCGAAUUUCAGUAGAAACAUCAAUAUCGUGUGAAAAAAGUUAACAUUCUGAACAAAGAUUUUAGUACUAACAUGGCUUCUUCGGAUUCCAUAUUUUUGUUUGAAAUAACCCUCGAAGAUCUAAAGAGUUAUACAACAUGCACGAAAUUACGUAUUAAAUGUCAAUUCCAAGAUAUAUUCACGGUUCAGUUGAAAAACCCUAACGAACUGUACGCAGAGUCUCUUAUAUCAAAGAAAAAAGGUAAACGAAAAAAAUGUAGAUUAGGGGCUGCCUCUAACUACGUGGUGCCUUGUCAGGCGGCGAUGGUAGUCACCAACGUCGAAUCUCUCGUAUCCCUUAUGAGACAGUACCCGAUAGAACUGAUAUUGUGGAGCAAGGACGAGUCAUGCGCUUUAGGACUGUCAGAAAUACCGUGGAACCCGUCGUUUAUAAAAUAUUUACAGCAUCCCGAUAGAAUACAUCUUCCUUCUAAAUCGUUCAAGAAUAAGUAUGAUGUGUUUGAUGAAUAUACCUCGAGACGAAUGGCUGUAGUCACUUUAAACAUAAAAUUAACGCAAUUAAAUGAUGUUCCACAAAAAACCCUCACGUCAGGGGUUCGGUCAGAUGUUACUAAUGAAACUAUGCUUUCCGUUGAAAAUACUGGAACCAUAAAAACUGUUUACAGUGGCGGUAAAAAUAACUUUAGUAAAUAUUGUAACGAUAAAAUUGUUUUAAUAAAGGAGGAAAACCCAAUUCCAAUAACGCCUAAGGAGAAAAAACUAAAACAAGAAGUAACACAAUUGGAAAAAGAUACAGAUAAAGACGAUGUCUCACUUCAAACAUGUGUUACAAAGAGAAGUGGAAAAGCGGAAAAGAGUAUCGCAAGCCUGGUUAGGAGUCAGUCUGACUUAGACUACAAUAAACAUAUUGUUUUAAGGAAAUCAUAUUCCGCAAUAGAAAUUAAAGAGCGUUUAAACGUAUUAAAUCAUAUUUUCGGGGAACUUAAUGCUCCAAUGAGAGGUGCCCCGACUAGAAAUCAAGUGUACUGGGUGGAAUAUUGUACAGUUGAAAAAGGUUCUGCUAUAGAAAUCAAGAAUUCCGUUAAAAGUUUACCUUCAUUAUCUGACGUGAAAAUUACAACUAGCGAAGGAACCUCACAGUCACCUAAAGGCUAUUAUAAGUUUAAAGUAUGUGGAAGCGCAUGUAAAAUUGAGGGUGUAGAUAAAAAUCCUUGUUUCGAGAAUAUAUGUUCUACAGACUUGCCAUUAGAAACAGCACGAUUGAUCAACCUCCGUAAAUGUACUAAUAUUGUUGAAUGCAAUAAUAAGCGAGAAAGAGGGUCACUGUUGCCCGAGCAUAAGCCAAUUUUCUUGAAAAUGCCCGAGGGAAAAUAUGCAAAAGUUGAGGAAAUUGAAGGUACAGUGGAGGCCAAAAUGAAAAUUGACGACGAUCCUUGUUUCUGUACCUGUGAAUGUAGGUUUGGGUUCGUGAAAAGGUCAACUUUCUGCAAAAUUUGUGGAGGUUUCGAAAAAGUUGGAGAAGAUAUGGCUGAAAUUACUACAGAUCCAUUUCCUUGUCCUAUUUAUUACAAUUUAGAUCAGAAAAAAAAGAAGGUUAAGGAUGACAGUUCUACACACAUUGAACGUAGUAAAAAAACAAAGGCGGCUAAAGACGAGAGUGUAAGCGAAAAAGGCGAAACGAAAGGAAAAAAGAAAAAAAUUAUAGAUGACAGAUUCAAGUUCAACUAUGGUUACAAAGGUAUACCACCGAAGAUUGGGCAUGAAUUCUGUGGUGUUUUAACGUGUGCUGGAACAAUGCCUAAUGUACCGAAACACAUGGGUUGGUUGUGGACAGCUCCAAAUGUUCCUGGACUGAAGUUCCGUCCAACUUAUCGACCAGGAGCUACUAAUAGAAAAGUGGUACGCAUGUUGAAUGCCGCUAAAAAUCCUGACCUAUUACUUGCUAGGAGGAGAAAGAAACAAGAUAACAAGUUUAAACGACCUUUGAAACGACCCCUGCUUAUCGUUGAAAAGAAAGACGGAGAAUACACGGUUACAAUGGAAACUAUGAAAACAUUUUCUAAACCGAGAUAUCCGAAUAAUUAUCCUUAUGAAGACAAACCGUUAGUAACCUACACGAUUGGGAGAACUGAGGAAGAAAAUAGAGAACGAGCUAAGAAAAAAGCACGUGAACAAAGAAGACUUGAAAGAUAUCAAAGAGAAUUUAUACAAAGCGCUUUUAGAGAUAUGUGCAAAGAGAUUUGCAUAAAUACGUACCGCCAAGCACUUCAGCUUUUGCCUCAUUCUGAAGAUCCUCCGUGUUCGUGCUUCCCUGCUCUGCCUGGUCCGGAUAGAAUUGAUUUAGACCAUUCUUGUUCUUGCAGUGAUGCAUCUAAAUCUUCAAUUGGUUCUGCAACUGAUGAUGAUGAGUGGAUAGUUGAGUUUACGCCACCGGUUGCAUAUUUUAAUCCGGCUUUUAAAGGGAAGAAGAUCGUCAAAGUUGAUAAUUGUUCACAGUACUCAUAUCUAGAUUUUAGAGUGAAGUUGGUAGAUCGGCUUGGUAAUCCUGUACCUAGGUUCUUCAAGUAUAUAGAUGGUAGUACAAUGUGUAGUGACUUAGGAGGAUUCUGGAGUCCUGAUGAUAAAUGGCUAGAGAUUAAUGUAGAUGGCUUCAUAGGUCCUGACGGGCGGUGGGCGCCAAACGUUUUUACUGGGCCUAAUGGCGAACAAGUAGAAAACGAGGAUGGAAAAUUCCAAGCGGCAAAUAACGAAUGGCUGGAAAUUGGGGUUGAUGGUUAUGUGGAUUGUCAAGGGAAGUGGCGGUUUUAUCCAAGAGCUCGUGGAGGCGGACAAGGACGGAGAGGUGGAGAGGCAGUAGCAGCUAAAAACGGAAAAAAAAACAAAGGAAAGAAAUACGUAGCUGAAGAUAAAAGAGCUCCUAAAGAAACAUCCAAACCUUCCGAGGCGUCUUGGAGUUGCUUCGGUGACGCUUCACCAAAAGAUAUAUCUGGAUUGGGCAUCAAAGGUCACGGGCACGACAGGUUAUUAAUAUCGAAGUUUGGAAAGAUGGACGUACAAGGUGAUCAUACAAACAUACCUCACGUAAUACCUCGGUCAAAUUUUAAGAGAAAACACGGACGCGGCGCAGAUCGUACAUCUGAUGAUUCAGUACGUUAUAAAUGCAAACAUCCCAAAAGUUCGGGGAAAGGUAUCGUAGCAGUGGACGAACGCGGCAACAAGACUUUUUUUAGACUGAAAGAGUACCAAAAUCCAAGACCUAAGGACAGAUUGGUCACAUUGGAUAAGGAGGGUUUUAGUCUCAGUUCUUUCCAUGUACCGUGCUUUAGCUCGUUCAUUAACGGUGAGGUAAUGCGGCAGCAGCAGAUCGAACACAUUCUGAGGCACAACGAACGAGUAUUGAAAACAGCCAGCACGCAAGUAUGCUGACUUUGCCAUAAAUGUUUUUAUUUGGGUCUAAUUUAUUAGUGUAGUGACGUAUUAGUUCGAAUUCAAGUACAAUGUUUCGUCAUGUUUAAGUGAGAAUUUGUAACUGUAAGGAAAAUAAAGUAACCAUGUUUAUCG